AAGACGAGCCCGCCAGCCCUAAGGAGGCGUUUGGCACCGUAUAAAAGACCCUCGACGAAGUGAAAAAAAUCUCUCUGCAGAGCGCGUGAGAAAGAACUCUUUCUUUCUCCCCUUUGCUAUAGAUUCUGCUUCAGCAUCCAAACACGCCUCUGUACGCUAGAGAAUCUGGAAGCAAGAUCCGUCAUCAGCUCUGGUAGUAUAUACGCAAGCUGUUGCGUUUUGCUUUGAGUUGCUUCAGUCAUGUUUGGGCGUGCUCCAAAGAAGAGUGACAGCACCAAGUACUAUGAGGUCCUUGGUGUUACAAAAGGUGCUAGUCAAGAUGAACUAAAGAAAGCAUAUAGAAAAGCUGCAAUAAAGAACCAUCCUGAUAAGGGCGGAGACCCUGAGAAGUUUAAAGAGUUGGCUCAGGCUUAUGAAGUUCUUAGUGAUCCUGAGAAACGAGAAAUCUACGACCAAUAUGGAGAAGAUGCCCUUAAAGAGGGAAUGGGUGGAGGCAGUGGUUCUCACAAUCCCUUUGAUAUAUUUGAAUCCUUCUUUGGAGGAGGUGCUUUUGGUGGUGGUAGCUCAAGAGGACGAAGGCAGAAACAAGGUGAUGAUGUAGUUCACAGUCUUAAAGUUUCUUUGGAGGAAUUGUAUAAUGGAACAUCGAAGAAGUUGUCUCUGACUAGGAAUGUGCUAUGUCCGAAAUGCAAAGGGAAAGGCUCAAAGAGUGGUGCGCCAGGGAGAUGCUAUGGAUGCCAAGGGACUGGUAUGAAGAUCUCGACUCGACGCAUAGGGCCAGGCAUGAUCCAACAAAUGCAACAUAUUUGUAGCGAGUGCGAUGGCUCAGGUGAGGUUAUUAGCGAGAAGGACAAAUGCACUCAAUGCAAAGGGAACAAAGUAACUCAGGAGAAGAAGGUGCUCGAGGUCCAUGUUGAGAAGGGAAUGCAACAUGGUCAGAAAAUCGUAUUCCAAGGAGAAGCAGAUGAAGCUCCUGAUACAGUAACUGGUGACAUUGUUUUCGUUUUGCAACUAAAGGAGCAUCCCAAGUUUAAGCGUAAAUUUGAUGAUCUUUACGUGGAGCACACCCUCAGCUUAACGGAGGCUCUUUGUGGCUUCCAGUUUGCCUUAAAUCAUCUCGAUGGGAGGCAGCUGCUCAUCAAAUCAAAUCCAGGCGAGGUCAUUAAGCCCGGCCAAUAUAAAGCAAUUAAUGAUGAAGGGAUGCCCCACCAUCAGCGGCCCUUCAUGAAGGGUCGCCUGUACAUCCACUUCGAUGUGGAGUUCCCAGAUUCUGGAGCCCUUUCCCUUGACCAGUGCCGUACGUUAGAGACAAUCUUACCGCCAAGACCUGGCAACCACUUGUCAGCGAUGGAGCUGGAUGACUGCGAGGAGACCACCUUGCAUGAUGUCAAUAUCGAGGACGAGCUGAGGAGGAAGCAGCAGCAGGAAGCAUACGAUGAGGAUGAGGAGACAUCGGCCCCACGUGUGCAGUGUGCCCAGCAAUAAAAUCUCAUUGGCACAAUGGAUCUCGCAUUGAAGGUACUUUUGAAUAGUUGUUGUGGCCUUUUAAGUAAUUAUGCUUACAAUCUAUAUAUGGAGUCGCAAUUAUUUUUUUCCGUGUUGAUUGUUUUCACGUGCCUAGUUUUACGACCUUUAGAAAUUCAAACAGCAGUGCGCAGUAGUGGCAUAAUUCAUGUAUUACAUAUAUCCUUUUUCCUCUAUGAAUUGGUUUGGUUUUGUGGGCUUCUGUU